CUAGACUAUUCUGAUACUGCGUAGGCUUUCGAUCCUUGACUGUUCCAGAACCAUUGGAAUCUUAUUUACAGUUAGUUAAUGAAUUAUCCCAGGCGGAAUUUUCUGGGUUGAUUACAGUUGAUGAAAUGCUUCCACGAAAAACCCACCGCGCCGUUUUCUUCUUUCUCUGUCUUCUGUUAUCUCCUUCUCUUUCUGCCUCUUCAUCUUUCCAGAAGAAGAAGCGCCAAAUCGAUGGACCCAUUAAAACCAUUGUUAUCCUGGUUAUGGAGAAUCGAUCUUUCGAUCAUGUUCUCGGCUGGCUCCGGGCUUCCCGACCGGAUAUCGACGGGUUGACCGGUACCGAAUUCAACCACGUCAACGCCUCCGACCCCUCGUCGGCUAAGGUCUUCGUUUCCGACGACGCCAUCUUCGUGGACUCCGACCCGGGCCACUCGAUCCAAGCUAUCCGGGAGCAGAUAUUCGGGUCGAACGACACCCUGGCUGACCCGGCGCCGAUGAAUGGGUUCGUGCAACAAGCGUUGAGUAUGGGCGUGGAGGGUUUGGAAAACACAGUCAUGAGUGGAUUCAAGCCGGAGCUCGUUCCGAUCUACACCGAUUUAGCCAAUGAGUUCGCCGUUUUCGACCGGUGGUUCGCGUCGGUGCCGGCGUCGACUCAGCCGAACAGGUUCUACGUUCACUCGGCGACUUCUCACGGAGCCUCCAGCAAUGUUCGGAAAGACCUAAUCCAUGGAUUCCCUCAGAAGACGAUCUUCGAUUCGUUGGACGAGAAUGGCCUCAGCUUUGGCAUUUAUUACCAAAAUAUCCCUGCCACCCUCUUCUUCAACUCCCUCCGAAAGCUCAAACACAUUUCCAAGUUCCAUAGCUACCCACUUAAGUUCAAAUUGCAUGCUAAGCUGGGGAAGCUUCCAAACUACGUCGUGAUAGAGCAGAGAUACUUUGAUGUUAAACAGUUUCCAGCUAAUGAUGACCAUCCAUCUCAUGAUGUGGCGCUUGGACAGAGGUUUGUGAAGGAGGUUUAUGAAACUCUGAGAGGCAGUCCACAGUGGAAGGAGAUGGCAUUGUUGAUUACUUAUGACGAGCAUGGCGGGUUCUAUGAUCAUGUCCCUGCCCCUGUUUCCGGGGUGCCUAACCCGGAUGGGAUACUAGGGCCAGAUCCUUACUACUUCAAGUUUGAUAGGUUGGGGGUGCGUGUGCCAACGCUCUUGGUUUCUCCAUGGAUUGAUAAGGGCACUGUGAUUCAUAAACCAAAUGGUCCACAGCCAUCUUCACAAUUUGAACACUCUUCCAUACCAGCAACAGUCAAGAGGCUCUUUAAUCUGGAUUCAAGCUUCUUGACCAGAAGAGAUGCAUGGGCUGGUAGUUUUGAUACCUACUUCCGCCUGCGUGACAUGCCACGUGAUGAUUGUCCAGAAACACUUGCGGAUGUGACAAUAUCAUUAAGACCAAAUGGACCAAAAGAAGAUGCCAAGCUCUCUGAAUUCCAAAUGGAGCUGAUCCAGCUGGCAUCACAGCUGUGUGGGGACCACAUCCUGGGCACAUACCCCGAGAUCGGGAAGGGCAUGAACGUCAGUGAAGCCAACCGGUACGUAGAGGAUGCUGUUGAGAGGUUCCUGGAGGCGGGAAGGGCUGCCCUGAGAGCAGGAGCAAACGAGUCUGCAAUAGUCACAAUGAGACCGGCUCUUACUAGUAGGACAUCCACUGGACCCUCCAUUGUCACCGCCUAAACAGGAACAAGCAAGGGUAAAACCUUUAUAGUAAGAUACACAAAGGUCUGAAGUAAAAACCGAUACGGCCUGGAUUCUCCGCUUCACAAGCACACUGGUGGCUCCACAACCAGAGGCGGAUCCGCGGAUCCAACGGGAUGUGUGCUGGGGCUAGCCUGCCCCUCAUCAACCCCACCCCCGAUGUGUAUAUAUAGCAUAUAUUUAUACUACAUAUGUAGUAAAAUUUAAUUAGUGUGCAAAAAUUUGACUGCAUAAGUUGUAUGUAAAUACUCCUUUAUAGCGUUAAACAUCUGUCACUUUUCGCUAACUAUGUACACGCACAAAGCAUAGUUUUAUCCGUGUUUAUUCGUAUUCACUAUCACUUUUCAUCUUUUAUAGUUUUAUUUAAUUCCCC